UUAUUCAUACAUUUUGUCUUCCAUUUAAGUGUAUUUUUUAAACUUACACAAAAUACAUUUAAAAGUGAUAUGGGAAUUUUAAAAUGUAUGAUUAAUUAAAAAAAGAUUAGAUCUUUCAAAUUUCCCAAAAUAGCUUUAAUUAAAGGUGUGCUUAUGCUAGCACUUCACUAGAAAGUUCUCUUCACGAAGGACGUCUGCCUGACUGGACCAAAAAGCUCUUAGUAUGACCGACUCCACGUCACCUCCUGGGCUGACAUACAGCACUGAAGACUCGCUGGAGCUCAAUGAGUUUUUGGAGAGAAUGAUAGAAGACAUGGAAAACAUAUCAGUGCAGCUGACAUGGAUGGCGUAUGACAUGGUGGCGCUGCGGACCGACCCCGCACUGUGGAGCUCCAUGCUGCAACUGGAGGAGGCUCGCCUCCUAUGUUCGGUCGCUGUGAGAGGUGACCCGCAGCAGGAGCCACGCACUUCCACGUGAUUUUUUUUUCAUUCCAUAAUCGCAGCUACACAUUGUUAUAUUUUUCCAGGGAUACAUUUUGGAAGUGUACAUUAUGAGGUAGUUCUAUACUCAUGCAUUUAUGUAGACUGUGAGCCUGUAAGUGUAAUAGUUAAAUUCUGCUGAAAGUUUAAAUAAAUACAUU